CUGGCCAUUAACAAGUGCUGGUGUAGAUGAGGGGAAAAUGAUUCUCACAUAUUGCUCGUGGAAAGAAAAGAUAUAAUCAGUUUUAGGGGAAACGAGCUAGCUCGUCUGGUAGAGUGUAGACUUACCCAUGCCUGAGGACCCAGGUGCCAGUCUCCAGCACCACAUGGGAACACCCGCACAGAGGAAACUACCAUAAACAGUGGAGGAGUGUUGUGGUGUCUCUCCACUCUGCUUCUCUAACUUCCCCUCUUUAUCCUUCUCUAUGAUUUUUUCUCUAUUUGAAGAUGAAAGGGAAAAAGUGAACCUAACAGAAUGGUGGAAUAUAACAGACAUGAAAUCCCAGUGGGUUUUAGAAAAUUGGCUUUAGAGAAGAAAAAAAAUUGCCGUUUCCAUAAAAAGUAAACAACAUGACCACUUAUUCUGCUCCUAGGUUUUAUCCAGAGUAAGAAAAGUAUGUGUUUACACAAUGAUGGAGAUGUGAAUGUUCACAGAGGUCUAUUUUACUUUUCCUCCCCUUUUUUUUGUCCACUUAGUGCUAUGCGUGGUGUUUCAUAUGGUAUCAGGGGUUCCAAAAUGGCUCUUACAUGUGAUUAAAGUCUGAGCGCUACUAAUUGAGCUACCAGAGAUCUAUUUUCUAUAGAUAAAUGUCUAUCAAAAGGUAAGCAAAGUGUAGUAUAUCUACAGAAUACAGUGCUACCCAACAAUAAAAGAGAAUAUACUAUUAAAUAUAUUCUCACACAUAUAAAUAUGAACGUAGUUAAGCUGGGUGAAAGAAACAGACAAGGAAUUAUAAAAUUAUAAAAUUCUUUAAGAGAGGACACUCAGCAGCUACAGCGGCAUAGGUCAACUUCUCUGUCCGCUCUUGCCUCACUCCACUCUCCUCCACAACCAUGUCUGACAAACCCGAUAUGGCUGAGAUUCAGAAAUUCUGUAAGUCGAAAUUGAAGAAGACAGAAACACAAGAGAAAAACCCCCUGCCUUCAAAAGAAAUGAUUGGACAGGAGAAGCAAGCUGGCGAAUUGUCAUGAGGCAUGUGUCGCCAAUAUGCACACUGUACAUUCCACAAGCAGUGCCGUCUUAUUUUACUUCUUUUAGCUAUUUAACUUUGUAAGAUGCAAAGAGGUUGGAUCAAGUUUAAAUGACUGUGCUGCCUCUUUUCACAUCCAAGAACUACUGAUAACGAUGGCCAAGCCUGCCUCUCCUACCUCUUGGCUGGCAGGGGA